UUCGUAGAGGAACGAGGCGAAGAAAGUGAGCAGUGGACCCGACUAGGUCGCUGAGAUGGCUGCAUCACCGGAGCCUGAAGAAAAUUGCAUGGUUCCUGAAGAACACGAUCUACAAGAUGCAAUAUGCCGGCUAACAUCUACUGAGAAAGAUAUUAUCAAUUCAGUGCUUCAAAGAGACGAGGAGGUCAGAUCACAGGAAAAAGACCGACUAAGGCAGCUGAAAAGGGAACUCGAUGAGCUACAAGAACUUGGUGUUCCUGAAGGUAAAGAGAAAGAAUAUGGACGAGUAUGUAUGAGAUGCAGAUCCCCAUUAGGUGCAAUUGCAAACAGAGGAGGCAUGUGCCCUUGGUGCAACAAGAAAGUUUGCAAAAACUGCCAAAAGCCAUUAGGGAAUAGAUGGAUAUGUACAAUGUGCAACAAGGAGAGGGAAAUAAAAGGAGAAUCUGGAGAAUGGUUUUAUGGCAGUUUACCAAAGAAAAAGAAAAUCCAAUACGGAAGCACACUACUGAAGAAAUUGAUUAGGAGACGGAAAAGUCAAGCUUACAAACUGUCAAAAUCUCGUCAAAAAUCAGAAGAUGACUCACUAACCUCUUGCGAAAUAGAGUGGGCUAUCUCCGAAACAUUUAAAAAGGGAGAUAGGUCCGACCAUGAAUAUGUCGUUGUUGAUCAGGACAAGAAUGGAGCUGUGUCUGUUAGCGAAGGUAACGUAGCAAAUAUUCACCAUUUUGGAAGUGAGGCAGGUGGUCUUUGUAGUGUUUCUGAAGAGAAAGAAAACGAGGCAGCGUUGCGUGACGUCGCUUUCACUAGCAAUUUGUUCCAGGAUUUUGAUUAUGACAGGGAGACGGCUACUGUGCACGAAAUGAACGAGGCAGCUGUCUACAAAAGGGAUGCGGCUACAGUGUCUGCAGAUGACUUGGCGCAAGUCAGUGUAACGGCUCAUCGAACAGAUGAAGACACAGGAGAACGCCGGGAUACACUUGUUAAGUUGUCUGUUGCUGCCAAUCCUUUCCUUGAUGAUGAUUAUGAUGAUGAUGCAAAGAAAGAUGAGUUGCAACAGUCUUCUGUUUCCUUUCCUGUCCAAACUGAAAACGAAGAAAAAGAAGAAAGCAAUGAUAGGAGCUCCCUAGAAGAAGCAAUCCACAUUGGAACAAUGCCACAAAAACCUGUAAGAGGGCUAUACAGAAGCAGCGAAGAUCUAAUGGCAGAGAACAUUGAACUGAGUUUAGAACCUCCAAGAAAAGACGGUCUAAGACCGUUGGACAAUGACAUAGAUGAGCGUGCUAGUGAUGUUUUGGUUAAACCUCCACACGAAGAAGAGGUCGAGAAAUCGCAAGAGGAUAUAGCUCGGGAUUUUCCGGUCGUGGUCAGUAAUGAAACCAAUAUUGAACAUGACAUGGGCUCGGAUGAAUUUGACAAAGAGACAAAUGACACAGAAAUUGUUAAAGAAACACACCAAAGGAAAAAUGAGGAGGCAGCUCCGCUUGCUAGGCAGAUUUCUGCUUCAAAAAGUUCCGAAUCUGAGCAUGAUCAUGAUGGUGAUGAUGAUGAUGAUGAGGGGGAACACGUGGUAGAAAAGGAACGGAAUCGAGACGUCGACGAUAGAGAUACCGAGCACGCCAAAUUUUCGGAAGAGUCAUGUGUAGGUGAUGCGAUAGGUGCUGAGGCUGAAGAUAAGAUUGAAGUUUCACUGGAUCUUGGAACAAGGUCUCGCUUACAACCGAUAAGCAUACAUAAUGAUGAUGAUAGCCAAAGAAAACAAACAUUGGAAGUAGAGAGUAGCUACCAAGCUCUAGGUCGAGAGAUGAUCUCAAUAGAAGCGCCUGAUGAAGUAAAAUACGUUGUGGAGGAGGGAAAUGAAGAUGACUGUGGGUUUGGCAAGAACUUGGGAGAAGAAGAUUUGAGAGUAACGCCAGAAUGUGAGCAAGCAGAUGAGGAAAGCCAAGGGUCAGGUGAGCAUACGAGGGAAGUAGUGGAAGAAAGAGAAGGAGAAGAAGAAGAGAUUGUAGAUCGUAUACAAAGUGUCGAUGCAACUGUGCCACUGGAAAAAGAAAUUGAUAAAACAGAGGCGGGCGAAGGCGUAAUUGAGCAAAGGCAAAAUGAAGGUGUCCCGAUGAGUGUUAAGGAAAGAAUUGCGAUGUAUAAAGAAAAAGAGAAAAGUUGCUGUAAGUCUUCUUCAGUUUUGAUAAGCAUGGGCAAUACAAGCCAUGGAAAGUAUGACACGGUAACCAAAGAAUCUGAAACAACGGGCGAUUUAACCUGUGCAGGUAUACAAGAGGACUCAGGCGAUUUGCAAGAAAAGACACUGGAUGCAACUGAGACGGUUAAGAUAAUUAGUGAAGGCCAUCAUCAUGAAGUGGAAUUGGACGAACCAAGGGCAAGUGAAGACCUGGAAUCUCCUGCCUACGAAAAAGUAAAUGAACUUGAUCUACUGCUUGAAGCUGAAAAUGCUCCUGGUUUGGGAAGAACUGAUGUCAGUAUUGAAGAUGACAGUGCAAUAGAUAGUGCGAAUGAGCAUAUAGUUGAUGAUAUAAAUGAGGUUGUUGAUAGACCAGCCUUAAGUGAAGUGAUUGGUAUCGAAGAAUUUGCAGAUGUUAAUGAACAGAAGGAAGCAAGACUUGCUCUAGAAGAAAAUGUGAUCGGAAGUCCAAUGUCAAGUAUCGAUGAAAACCAAUUGAACGCUAGCGAGGACCACUAUUUCAUCAAAGAGAAUAGCAGUGAAGGCAACGGAUAUGACAAAAGCAUUGGAAGUAAAGAUUCAGAAGUCAAUAUGCUAGACGAAGGUCAAAGUGCAGAUGUCAUUAGGUCACAGAAUGUAGAGGGAAACGUUUCUAGCGACAUGAAGAAUGAGGUUUCAUUCAAUGCAGACAUCCCCAGUACUACAACACUCGAUGGUGAAGAGCGACCAUUACCAGAUGAGCUUUAUGCUGAAUCUAUUCCAGUAUUUGAAGGAACAGAGAGCACGCUUUCUGUCAAGGACCUGCCCCAUGCGGCCAGCUAUGAAAGUCUGAACAGUUAUCAGAGUGAUGAGGGUGACAUGUAUGAAGCACUUAGGCCUCAUGUGAAAGUCGCUGGAGAGAUCGUUCUAGGAUUGAAAUACGAUGCUGAGGCUCAGCGAUUGGAGGUUCAAAUCCACAGAGCGAAUGGACUUCUGGCUGCAGAUUCAAAGAAAAACACGUCAGACCCUUAUGUUAAGACGUACUUGGAUAUUAAUGGGACAAGAGCUCACAAGAAAAAGACGAAAGUGAAGAAGCACACUUUGGACCCGGUCUUCGAUGAAAUCAUCACGUACAAAACUGAGUACGAAGCAUUGCUCGACACUACGCUGGUGGUAUCAGUUUGGCACAAUGACAUGUUUGGUCAAAACAUCUUCCUCGGCGAAUCUGAAAUCAAAAUUUCCAGUUUCAUUGCUUCUGGUUUUUCGCUAGAUGAUCCGACGCCUCAACAGUACCAACUGACGAACAAGCGUGCAAACAGAUCCAGUUUGAUCGAUGUCGGUGAAAUUGUGAUGGAAAUAAUGUAUGUAGCGCCAGGUGGAAGCAAAUCAUCAACAUCUUCACGCUACGGGAAACACGAUCCCGUCUCAGGGCAGCUUUUUGUUAAGUUGAUUGAGUGCAGAAAUCUCAAUGGUACCGAGUCAUCAAACCCAUUUUGUGAACUGAGGCUGUUACCAUGGAAAUCAGGAACGAAAGAACAAAGAUAUACUUCUGAAAUCGAAGCUAAAACUUUAAAUCCAUAUUGGGACAAAGAAUUCACUUUGGAGAACGUCACUUUCAAUGAGUUGUCGAAAAAAGUGUUAGAAGUCAAGGUCCUUGAUGCUUCUGUAGGGAAGAAGGCAGGGUUUCUUGGGGCUGUGAGGCUAGGAAAUGGGCAAACGGAGGAGCCUUUCGACGAUCCUAGUUCGAAAGAACACGCUGGGUGGCAGAAGAUGUUACAGGAGCCGAAUAAACGCAUUCCAUUGACGUUGCCAUUGAGAUCAAAACUAGAAAGUCUGAAGAGUUCAGCGAUUUUACCCCCAAUCCUUGUUGAGAGAGAAGAAGAAAUUCCGUUUCAAGUUAGAGACAAGAAAUCGGAUUCGAUAUUGUCACAAUCUUCUGUGGGAUCACACGACGAUGCUUCAAGCCUUAGAGCUUCUCUUUCAAGAACGAAGUUGAAGCCGCAACCUGAUCAGUUUAGUUUGCAAAGCUUUGGCAGUAUGCUGAGUAUUUACAGCGAUGCAGGCGGGUACGGUUCUGUGCCUGUCUCAGGUGAAAUCUUGUUCUCCAUCCAAUACGACAACAUUGCUGGAGUGUUCGAGGUUCACGUGCAGAAGGCAAAGAACAUUGCAGCAGUAAACAAGAAAACAAGAGCUUCAGAUCCUUAUGUAAAGACAUACCUGCUACCGGAUAAAUCAAAAGAAAGCAAGAAGAAAACUAACUUCAGGAGGAAAACAGUUAACCCUGAAUGGAACGAAAAAAUCAAAUACAAGAUUGGCGAGAAGGACCUGCUGAAGCGAACAUUGCAAGUUUCUGUUUGGAAUCACGAGAAAUUCGGACAAAAUGAUUUUCUUGGAGAAGCCCAAGUCCGAAUUUCGCAAUAUGUAAAAAGUGGACACAAUUUGAUUUUCCACGAACCAAUUUGGUAUACAUUGCAACAGGCGGCCCCAGUAAGUGUGGGUGAGUCUGGAUAUAAAGGCUCCAUCACUAUCGGUCUCAAAUACGAAAAGAUAGACGAAUCAGUUGGAAAGUUGCUGGUUGAUAUCAAGGGAGCGAAUGAUUUAGCGGCUGCGGAUCCAACACAGUUAUCAAAUCCAUUUGUCAAAGCUUACCUGUUGCCAGACAAGACACGCAAAUCAAAGAGAAAGAGCACUUUCAAGAAGGGUACUUUGAGUCCUACUUGGAAUGAAAAAUUCGAAUACAAUGGCAUAACUUUGGAGGAGCUAGAACAAAGGGUUUUGGAACUUACGGUGUGGGAUCACGAUCUUCGAUCCAACGACUUUCUCGGUGGAACGAGGCUUGGGUUGGGGCGUGGUGAUGAAAACUGGCACGACUGUAUUGGCAAAGAAGCAUCAAUAUGGAAUGCCAUGCUAGAGCAUCCAGGAAUCUGGGUCGAGUACAAUAUUCCACUACGUGAUAGCAUGACCAGUCGAAAAGGGAUGGAGUUCUCGCCCCCUGAAAUUGACAGCGAAAAGGAGAGUUCAGAACCAGUCCCUAUUGCACAACCCACAGUAUCCGAAAGUUCUGUCCGGGAUGAGCCUGUUGGCCCAAUAGUUAAGACGGGUGAUAACGUAAAAUCAAAAAUCAACAUCGAACUCUCGGAGCCGUUGAUACGUGUUGGUUUGAUGUUUGUCAGUGAAGAAGCCGAAGGGGGCAGCAAGAAAAAGGGCACCCUGCGGGUGAUGCUGAAACAGGCACGGAACCUGCCGUCCAUCUCUUCUGAGGGGUCGCCAAACACAUACUGCAAGUGUUAUAUGAGACCGCGUCGAAACGCCUGGCGAUUCAAAACUGGAAUUUUCAAGCGAAGCGUAGAGCCAACAUGGAAUGCAGAGUUUGCGUUUGAAAGUGUUAGCCUGGAAGAACUGGAUGCUAAAUGUCUGGAUAUCAUAAUUUACAAUGAUGAUAAUGAGGGCAUUGGAAUGGCUCGCCUUGGUCCGGGUAUUAUGCAGCAAGAGUGGGAUGACAGUAAAGAACGGGAAGUUGAACUUUGGGUUGCCAUGAUCGAAAAUCCUGACUCCUGGAAUUUUCUAAUGAUUCCACUGAGAAUGCAAAUUGACGAAGCCAGCUCUUUAACUGAUAACGAGGUGGAAAGUGUCGUGGAGAAAAUUCAAUCAAAUGAAGUCGUUCCUAAAGUCCCCGAACCUAGUAAAGAGAAGAAGAUGUCAGCGAAGGAGCUUGCUCUUCAGUCAAUGGGUACUCACGCUACGAAAGUCAUUGAUUUGAUGGAGAAUGACACACAGGAAACUAAAAAGGCCACUCCGAAGGCGCCAAGCCGAUCACAAGAUGCUCUGCCAAGGACUUUGAGUCUUAUUAGGGAAGAGGAAGAUGGGGACGAGCAACGUGUUAAAUUUGCUGAUUCAAAAGCACCAGCCUCUGCCAGAAAGAAGACUGCGCCCGUGAUUCCAAAGGUUGUUAUCUCAGAAGAAGAUGAAAAUACCGAAGCCUUAAGAGAAAUUCCAGAUGCCCAAGUUGAUAUUGAUGCAGAAGAUAACGAAAUGCCAAGCAAUUUGCAAAAAAUGAAGAGAUUCGGAAGUCGCGAUAGCAUUGCCAGCAUGACAAGUAUAUACAGCACAAUGUCGAAUUCAGUCACAGGGAUGGUCCCAGUCCGAGGCCAGAUUCAGUUCUGCACGAAGUACAUUCGGGCUUCCAGCAUGUUUGAGGUCCACAUUUUCAAAGCAAAAGAUAUUGCUGCUGUUGAUGCCAAAAAGGAAAUCUCAGAUCCGUAUGUGAAGGUAUACCUAUUACCUGACAAGUCGAAAGCGAGCAAGAGGAAAACCAAAGUGAAGCAGAAGACUCUAAACCCGCAAUGGAACGAAAUAAUCAGCUAUAAGAUAUCCUUGGUAGAUCUUCGAUUGAGAACACUCAUGGUGUCUAUUUGGAAUUUUGAUCGGUUAGGAAGAAACAUUUUUCUUGGCGAGGUUUUGAUACCAAUGGAUGAGAAAACUGACAAAGGAUUGCUUAACGAAUCUUUCGCCGAAUGGUAUGACCUACAGGACCAGAAAACUGUAAAAUCGCCGGUCAUCUUCAAAGGCAAGUUGACAGUUAGUUUGAUGUUUGAAACGAACAUGUAUUCAAAAAAAGACCAAGCUAAGAAAGAAAAAGAGAAAAAGAAAGGAAAAGAGAAGGAGAAAAAGAAGAAACAAGGAAAAGGCAGAAUAUUGAUUCAUGUUAUUAGAGGGGAGGAUUUACCUGCAGCGGAUGCAGAUGGAUUGUCUGACCCAUACUGCAAAUUCUACCUGCUGCCAGGGAAGGCAUCAAAAACGAAACGGAAGACGCCAGUCAUUAGGAAAACACGCUCUGCAUUCUGGGACUACCACACGGAGUAUGAUGUUGAGUACGAUGAUUUGCCUGAAAUGGGUAUUGAGUUCACGGUUUAUGACUACGACCAAAGCUCCAGGAAUGAUUUCUUGGGUUGCGCAAGACUGAAUCUUGGAGGACGGACUACAAAUGGGAUGAUGCGGUGGGUGUAGAGCGAGAUGCCUGGAGGAGCCUAAUCGAAGAUCCAGAUGUUUGGCAUGAGCACGUGUUUCCGUUGAGGUCCAGUAGUGACCCCAUGCCCGAAGAGAAUCUUUUAGAUUAGCGCCUAAAGGUUAGCUUAACGGGCAUUCUCUCGGAUCUUGUUAUUAAGAUAUAAGGUAUUUUUGUAUUAGUUUGUAGGCAAACGAAUUAAUAGCUAUGUAUUAAAUAUUGCUUUAUUACAAUUUAUAAAAUGCAUUGAAGAGAAUGUUGACUUGAUGAAGGAAAUGGAUAGAUAGGGAGUUUAACUAAAAAAACUGAAACGUUUAUGAAUAUAAAAACAGAAUUGCAAACAGCUGAAAAUGACGAGAAGAGAAACAACAACUUGUAAGCGUGCAAGUUGAAAGGGUUUCUUCAAUGAUGACGUCAUGCUCAUGCACAUGCAUUUUCGGAUAUGCAAACGAGAUUCAGGUCAAUUUCUGGUAUUUUUGAAUGUUUUUCGUGUAGAUGUGAGUGCUGCAAAGCUCAAUUUUAUGUAAUGCUCAAACUUUGAACAGAAAUAUAUUUUUGAAAUGGUAGAUUGUAUAAUGGGGACAAUUCUCUUACUUUGAAUAAAUAUGUUUGUCAUCCUGACGCAAUUCGGGAUCUUUACUGAAUUCAAGUUCUUUCUAAGCGACGUAUAGCAAAGUCUGCAUAAGUAUGGUGUAGACAAUGUAGCAAAUAUUUAUCAUUUUUGUCGUUUAUGCCUUUAAAUCAAGACCUGUACCAAACAAGCUGCCAUAGUUCCAACUGUUUAGAUAUGCUAAAUCAACUCACCGUUUUAGAUUCCCUGAGAUGUCCAACUGAGAGCAUGUUUCCCAUCCGAUGGGAUUUUGACCACGGUUUUCCUAGGCUUUUUAGUUGCUAACAAACAAAACAGCAAAAAAUGUUGCAAUAAAUUGAACUUAAAGAAACGCGAACUUUUGUUGGCCUAAUUUCCCCUUGUUUUGGAGGAAAGCCACCACUUAAGACUUAAGAUCCUAUUAAGACCGGCUAAUCAUUAUCGGCUUGUGGCCGCUUUUCAUUUUUGUUUAACAUAGAAUCGCGAUAACAUUAUCAGUUGUUGAUAAAAUGAAAGGCAGUAAGAUAGAUUUUUAUUGAUACAACCCCCCCCCCCAACCUCUGUGAUAUUAUUGAUAUCCUGCUCCCAAUAAAAGCUCGCCAAAUCCUUAUAAAUAGAGGAUGGUAUUUGGUAGCAGAUCCAAAAUGUCGAUCAUUCCAUUGUUACCAUAGAGCUUUUAAAGGUUGUUGCUCCCUAUACAUCCAGUGUGAUAAUUUCCGAGGAAUCCAGUUUACGAUUUCUGGCCCUAACAUAAUUUCCGAGGAAUCCAGUUUACGAUUUCUGGCCCUAACAUACUUUCCGAGGAAUCCAGUUUACGAUUUCUGGCCCUAACAUAAUUUCCGAAGAAUCCAGUUUACGAUUUCUGACCCUAACCCAUCUUGCGAUCUUAGUGAGUGAAAAUCGUGCCCAGUAUAACUCUUGUAGCACAUUCUCGCUGUCUUGAAAAGACGAAACAAUAUUUUGCUGUCGUUUCUGUGUUUGUUUCAUUAUUAUAUGAAUUUUGAUAAAAAAAACGUGAAAUGAA